UCUUCGCAACGUAAAACUCUCAGUUUCAACCGUAAAACUAUGACCAAAGCAUGGCAAGGAGGCAACCGUCAAGACUUUGUCAUCAUGAAGCGUAUCAAAAAUCAACAAGUCAUCAAGUUCAAUCGUGAAAGUCGUGAUGCCGCUACUUUCAACAAUAUCGCUUACAUCCUUGAGAAUGAACUGCAUCUCAAAUAGCUACAAGAAACUCAAGCUGGUUUUCGACUUCUUUGCAGCUUUCAACGUGUUCCAGAAACUGAAGAGGGACUCAGGUCAUCAACUCAAGCAUCAAGACGAGUACUCGUACAUCGAGAAGAGCAACUUCUACCGCAGCCUUUAAACUCAAGAGAUAUGACAAAGGAGACAUCAUCUUCGACUACGGUGACGAAGCUGACUACUUCUACAUGAUCCUCAAAGGCAGAGUCAGCAUCAGCAUGCCAACCACAGUCAAGAAGAACUUUACUCAUUCAGAACUCAUGAAGUUUAUCAGUGACAACCAGAACGAAGUGGUUCCAGAGUCAAUCGAAAAAUCUGACUCUAAAGACGCCAUCAACCUUUCGAAGGGUUCAGCUGACAGUCCAACCAGCAAACUGUCCAGCCACAACAAGUCCACAGUGGCUCCGUUUACGUUCAAAAAGAAGCAGUACAGGCUUGAUGAGAAGUCCCUCAAAGAGUUCAAAAGUAUGCUCGACUCUCCAACUCACUCGAGCAGCAGAAGGCCUGUGUUCAGCAAGCCUCCGAAAGCGCCCAAAGCAGAAGACAAGAAAGUGCACGAACUCAGAGUCUUCGCACAAAACGCCAUUCUCGGAGAAGGCACUUCGUUCGGUGAAGCUGCUCUCGGAAUCAACACCGGUGUCACCAAUGAAAACAAGCACUACAAAGUUGGUCCUUCCAAAGUACGCAUAUUCAGAAAUGCUAGAGUAGUUGCACUGACACACUUGCAAUGAGCAGUCAUUUCGAGAGCCAGUUUCCAAGAAAUCAGAGUUAAAGAGCCUGACUUCGGUGAAGACGCACUGCUUGAGUGUCAACACAUUCUCACAAACAACGGACUGCCUCAUCGAUUGCUGUACUUGACUGCAAAGCCAGAACUAGUUGAGCUUCGCAUCAACAACUACUUGUUGCACCAGAAUGAUGAAGUCAAAGGCAUUUUCUUGAUAAAGCAAGGCGAGCUUGAACGCAGGAGUCUCCACAAAACCAGUUCGAACUCUGAACUCAAUCACACAUUUGGAGGCUCGUCUGUAAGUCCUGACAAGAACAGUCACAGAAGGACUCACACAGAAGGGUUCUUGUCGUUCCAGAGCAGUGUCAAAGCCAACCAGAGCUUGCAUCAUAAUGAGAACCGCUUGAUCAUGGGAAAACAUGUUGUCAUUGGCUUGGACGAACUUGAAUGUAACAAACAAACAUUCGAGUACUCAAUUAAGACUGUUUCAGCAUAUGCAAAAGUGUUCUUUGUACCGAAGACUUCGAUCAGGAUACACCUCCGUGUCAAGAAGGCUCCUGACCAACUCAACUCUGAAGCUGAACAAGAUAUUAAGAAAUCGAAAGCACCCAUGAAAAUAGCCAAGAAUAUUGUCAAGAAAAUGAAGAAGGUUCUAAGACCAAGAAAGCCUCACAACAAAACCAUGAGCAAGGACAACAGCGACCAUAUGAUUUCACAAAUGUACAAGCUGACUGACCAUUGCACCAAAGUUGACAACACAAGACUCAGUCGCUCCAUUCGCAAAUAAGCUGAUGGCAAGGUUCCACAGUAUGAGCACACUGAGUUCAAAUCUUAAGACUGCCACUGAGCCUUUAGCAGAGUCUAAGAACAAGUCUCACAGCAUGUUGAAGAAGCAAGUCCAUAGUAUCACACGAAUCAAGGGAGCUCUGAGCAAAGACUCAAAGUUCCACUUCAAACCAAUGGCUCCUCAUGUGGUAAAGCGGGCUUUGAAGAAACAGGCCUAUUUCGGGUUUAACCUGCUCAAAAACAAGUAG